ACCCUCUUCAAACGCGUCCUCGAGAAGCGACUCAAAGCCCCCUGCCGCCAGCAGCCUGGGCACGUCCAGUCCCGUCCCGCCCCGCGGCAGGUUAAGAGGCCCCCAGAGCCCAGAGCUCGGGACAGAUGGUCAAUCGUGGGGGGGCGAGCCGGCUUGGUUGUCAGGGCGAUGAUGCGGUUGGUCUGGGCUGCGGCGGGGAGGCUGCGCAGUCCCAGAGGCACCGGGAGCGCCCGGAGGCUGAGCGGCAGCGCGGGGCGGUGGUCGGCGCGGGGCGCCAGCCCAGGGCGCCUGCUCAGCACCGCCUGGGCGCCUGCCCAGCCAGCACUAGAGGAGGCCGUGGGAGCUGAGGACGAUGCCCACUCGCCUGCAGCCGAGGAGCCGUCGUGGACGCCACCCCCCGCACCCCCAGUGCCCCCUGAACCUCCCGGGCCCCCAGGCGGCCGCUCGCUGGUGCAGCGGGACAUCCAGGCCUUCCUGAACCAGUGCGGGGCCAGCGCCGGGGAGGCGCGCCACUGGCUCACGCAGUUCCAGACCUGCCACCCCUCCGCGGACAAGCCCUUUGCCGUUAUCGAGGUGGAGGAGGAGGUGCUUAAGUGUCAGCAGGGCGUAUCCAGCCUGGCCUUCGCACUGGCCUUCCUGCAGCGCAUGGACAUGAAGCCGUUGGUGGUCCUGGGGCUGCCUGCUCCCACAGCACCCUCUGGCUGUCUUUCCUUCUGGGAGGCCAAGGCACAGCUUGCUCAGAGUUGCAAGGUGCUGGUGGAUGCGCUGCGGCACAACGCUGCUACAGCUGUGCCUUUUUUUGGUGGUGGGUCAGUGCUGGGCGCUGCUGAGCCAGCCCCUCAUGCCAGCUAUGGGGGCAUCAUCUCCGUGGAGACCGACCUGCUACAGUGGUGCCUAGAGUCAGGCAGCAUCCCCAUCCUGUGCCCCAUUGGGGAGACGAAGGCACGCCGCUCCGUGCUCCUCAACUCGCUGGAGGUGACUGCGGCGCUGGCCAAGGAGCUGCAGCCCACCAAAAUCAUCUUCCUCAAUACCACAGGCGGCCUGCGUGACAGCAGUCACAAGGUCCUGAGUAACGUGAACCUGCCCGCUGAUCUGGACCUGGUGACCAGUGCCGAGUGGGUGAGCACCAAGGAACGGCAGCAGAUUCGGCUCAUCGUGGAGGUGCUCAGCCGCCUGCCCCACCACUCCUCGGCCGCCAUCACUGCUGCCAGCACGCUGCUCACGGAGCUCUUCAGCAACAAGGGGUCUGGAACCCUGUUCAAGAAUGUCGAGCGGCUGCUGAGAGUGCGCAGCCUAGACAGCCUGGACCAGGGCCGCCUGGUGAACCUGGUCAACACCAGCUUCGGCAAGCAGCUGCGUGACGAUUACUUGGCCUCUCUGCGCACGCGGCUGCACUCUGUCUACGUCUCUGAGGGGUACAACGCUGCCGCCAUUCUGACCACGGAGCCCGUACUGGGAGGCACCCCAUAUCUGGACAAGUUUGUGGUGAGCUCCAGCCGCCAGGGCCAAGGCUCCGGCCAGAUGCUGUGGGAGUGUCUGCGGCGCGACCUGCAAACGCUUUUCUGGCGCUCCAGAGUAACUAACCCCAUCAAUCCCUGGUACUUCAAGCACAGUGAUGGCAGCUUUUCCAACAAGCAGUGGAUCUUCUUCUGGUUUGGCCUGGCUGAUAUCCGAGACUCCUAUGAGCUGGUCAACCACGCCAAGGGGCUGCCGGACUCCUUUUGCAAGCCAACUUCUGACCCAGGCAGCUGACCCUCACCACCAGCCAGGAUGAACCAAAAGCCAUGUCUGCUGGAGGUGACUCCAGGCAGCCACAGGCUGGACCAGGUUUGUUGCCUGAAUGAUCUGCAGAGGAGGAAGCAGCCCCUACUCUACUUUGCCCCAGAGGUGGGGGGCAAAGUGGGACAAGCACAGGAAGGAGAAGGGUCCAUCUAAGACCUCCAUUUGCUCCAAAGCCAGAACCAAAUGGCCUUCAACUUUCAGUCUAGGGAUUUGGGGGACAGGGGAGGGCUCGCCUUCAAGGGCUCUACUCAAGGCUAACCUUAAGAGGUCAAUUUCUGUGGCCUCUGUGCUGUGUUUUGAGGCUCCCUUGCCCAAAAUAUCACCCCUAUCUGCCUGAUAUUCCACCACUCAUUUUCAUUCCUUUGGGUCUUGCAACUUCUUAGGAGGCCUUGAUUAAAAUGCAAAUACUUGUCUAAGAGUCAGCUCACACUUGAAAGGAAAUGAGCAGUGGCUCUCUAGGAGCAAGAUCUUGAGGGCUGGGGAACCAGGGGACUCCUAGAAAGAACAGAGGAGCUAAAUGAGAUGGAGGGCCCCCAGGAUGAAUGCUGCCACCAUGUCCCUCAAUGCAGCCCCUGGGGGGGCUCCCCUACUCCUAAGUUCUGAAACAUCCUCCAUUCCACAGACCAGACCGACAACAGCCCCAACCCCCUUUCAGGCAGGGCUCAGAACCAAGCCUAGACUUGGAUCUUUUCCCCUCAGCCCCCUAGAAGUUGUGCCUCCACCUUUGUGGGAGUAGACAGGCAGUAGCCCAAAGCUGGAGGUUUCAUUGAACAUUUUUGACUCCCAUGAUGUGCCAGGCACUGGUUGCUGGGGCUACUUUCUGCCAGGAGGUAUACAGAUGAGUAGGGAGAGGGUCGAUUAAGAGGCCACCAUAGCACAGCAGGGACUGUGAAAGAACCAAACCCUAAGAGCAGCCUGUUUUCCCUCAGGAGAGGGGUGAUGUUCAGUAUACAACUGGGCAUUGGCAUUAGACAGACCUGACCUGCAUUCCAGCUGUGGCUAGGUUUGUGCGCUGUGGCUUGAGGCAAGCUGCUUACUUUCUCUGAGUCUCCAUUUUCUAUCUAUAAAACGUAAAACCCUUGGCCUCAUAGUGGACACUUAAUGUUAGUUCUCUCCCUCUAGUUGCCCUCACCAAGGAUUUCUUCAAAAACAGCUAACACCAAAUGGGAAGGAAAAAUAAGCUACAAGAUGGAUUGAGGUGAGAGGUCAAAAGAAUAUGCUACAGGGAGGAUUAGAAGAUCCUUGAAAAGAGAGCCAAAGGACUGUGGGAAUUCUCAGAAUAGGGAAAAGCUCCGGGGAGGGCCAUGGUGGGGUUUAA